AUGCCAGUCACUGAACCAGCACUUGAUGUUGACACUGGUGUUGAGGUAGUGCCGGCUGUCACGGUGGCAAUGAUCGUCGAGGCUGUUGAUGUGGCUGUGGCCGUUGCUGUAGCGGUGGUUGCUGACGAGUCAGUUGCACUAGUGGCAGUGGCGACAGUGCCAGAGACAGUACCGGCGGUAACAGUGGUUGUGGCAGUGGCGCUGGUUGCGGUGGCAACAGUACCCGAUACAGAUCCAGCUGUGGCAGUGGCACUUGUACCAGAGGCAGUAGCAACAGUGCCUGAUACUGAUCCAGCAGUGGCUGUUGCAGUUGAUGGUGCAGUUGUGGAAGCGGUGGCAACAGUGCCAGAGACAGUUCCAGCAGUAGCACUAGUUGUUGAUGCAACUGAUCCUGAUACAGAGCUGGCAAUUGAUCCAAUCGAUGAGGCAACUGAGUUGGUAAUUGAGUUGGUAACUGUGGCGACAGUGCUGGCGACAGUGCUGGCAACUGAGCUUCCAACAGAACCUGCAAUGGUAGUUGGCUCUGAGGUUGUCACACCACUUGAUGAGAUCGAAUGA